ACUUAGCACGUCUGUAUUUUCUCCUUGCAAUUUAGUGAUAAAAAACACAGUGAAUAUACCUUUUCACUUUUUGAAGUACACAUAACACUCGGAUUUAAAUCCGAGGUUUUCGCAUUUAUUUUUAAUAGGAUCAAGAUGAGUAGUAGAGUUUAGCACAAGACAACAGAACCAUCCUAUCCUGUGCCCAGCUCUGGUGAUAAGUAGAGACUACUGUCAAGUAUUAUUGUUGGUAUCAUGAAAGGAAUUUUACCGGUUAUUAAUUAGGACAAAAUACAUGUGCAGUUUUUCAUAGAUAAUUUUUCGUUAUCAUCCAAGAAAGUAACAAUAAGAAAUCAAAACGAACUUUAUGAAUGAUACUAUAUAUUGAUGUACAUAAUAGAAAAUAGUUAGUUUUAAAGUCAAUAGUUACAAAAUUUCGAAUUUUCUAAAUAUGAAAUACUAGCUAGUUAAUACGCAAAAAGUUGUAAUUGUGCAUGCAUUAAUAUAGUAUGAGGUGUAAACUUUAUGUUAAUUUCUUUAGUGAGGGGGAAAAAAUUAGCUUGACAGUAGUAUUUGUUUACGUUGUCCGUAUGAAAAACAAACACUAAAUAAGCUUCUAUCAAUAAACAAAAUAAAUCAAAUCAAAUUAUUCAAGCAAACCGAAAUCACGAUAUGUCGAAUUUUUAUCGUAGUACUAUUUAUCAUUCAUUUUACCAUUAAAAAAAAUCUUCUAUCUAAACACUUGAUAUUCGAUAUAAUUAUUUUAUGAUAAAUGAAAAUAAAUUUUUUUUUUCUUAUAACUAGAUGAUGGUUAUACUAUGGCUCAUCUAGCCGCUAGUCGAGGACAUGGUGAAUGUUUUUCAUGUUUGAUAUAUCAUGGUGCUCAACUUGAUGUAUAUACAUUUGAUCGACAUGAAUCUGUUAUGGAUAUAGCUAAACGUAGUGGUAAAUAUGGUCGAAUUGAAAAAGCUCAUUCUGGUACACUUCGUUGUAAUUCUUGUGAAGAAAAAUCAGCAAAAGAAAAAUAUGAUAAAUCUCAUUCACGUAAUGCUGUUGAACAACUUAUUCAUACACAAAUACAGCGUGGUUAUAAUUUAAAUAUACCUACAAAUCUUGAACCACUUUCGUCUCAUGCAUCAAAUAAACAUUUGACAUUAUCUCGAUCUCAGAUAUUAAAAGAACAAAUUCAUGUUGUAUCAGGUUGUUCGACUAAUAUUUUAUCGUCAAUUGGUAUUAUAUUUCUUAAUAAAUAUAUUUUUUCACAUUGUCAAAUACAAACAAUGACAUUAACAGCUAUACAAAUGGUAUUUACAUCAAUAGGUUUAAUUAUUUGUUUACAAAUGAAUACAUUUGUUCGUAAAAAAGUUGCUAUCAUAAAAGUCUUACCAUUAGCUAUAUCAUUUUGUGCUUUUGUUGUUUUUACAAAUUUAUCAUUAGAAUAUAAUACAAUAGGUACAUAUCAAUUAUUUAAAGUUUUAACAACACCUGUUGUUGCAGUUAUAUCAUGGCAAUAUUAUAAAACAAAAUAUUCGAGAAUGGUUAUUAUAACGUUAAUACCUGUUGUUAUUGGUGUAUGUACACAUUCAGUUAAUGAUAUUAAAUUAACAUUAUUUGGUACAAUGGUAGCAUCAAUUGGUGUUAUAUCAGCAUCACUUUAUCAAGUUUGGAUUGGUGAACAUUUAAAAGAAUUAGAUAUGAAUUCACAACAAUUACUUUUUUAUCAAGCACCUUUAUCAGCUAUUUUACUUGCACCUUUUAUUUUUUAUAUGGAAAGUUUUCCAUCGUAUAGAACACAUGAAGAAAAACAAGCAGCAUUAACUGCUAUAAUAGCUUCUGGUAUUACAGCUUUUGUAGUUAAUUUAUCCGUUUAUUGGGUUAUUAAAAAUACAUCUGCAUUGACAUAUAAUAUGAUUGGUCAUAUGAAAACAGUUUCAAUUCUUGUUGGUGGUUAUAUGCUUUUUAAAGAUAGUCUUAAUUUUAAACAAUUAAUUGGUAUUUUACUUACAUUAUCUGGUCUAUUCUCUUAUACAUUUGUUAAAAUGGGUGAACAAAAUCAAUUACCAUGUAAACGUUGGAAUGCAUAUCCAGUAACAACUAUUGUUUAG